ACCUUUAACUAAUAAAUGACGGCGCUGACCCGGAUGUUCUCUCACGCGCCUCACAUCAGCUGUCUCGUGAUGAGGUCUCCGUGCUGUAUUCUCACUAGCACCAAAACAUUAAUACUGAGAUUAUCCCGACAUGCUCUCCAUGGAAGGCUUCCCCGUAUUUAUCACUGCCAGGCUUUGCGAUGCUUUUGCACAGAUCAUUCACAGAGCUCGAAACCAUAUUACAUCACAACUCCCAUCUUCUACGUCAAUGCAUCUCCUCACAUUGGCCAUGUGUAUUCAGCUGUCACUGCUGACUGUCUGCACAGAUUCAAGCUCUUACAGGGAUAUAACUCCAGAUUUUCCACAGGUACAGAUGAACAUGGUCUCAAAAUCCAACAGGCAGCGAGCAACGCUGGUGAAGACCCUCUGAACUUCUGCACUGAGGUUUCACAGAGUUUUAAGCAUGUUUUCCAAAGAUGUGGCAUUUUAUACACCGACUACAUCCGGACAACAGAGAAAAGACAUCGACAGGCCGUUGAACACUUCUGGACUGUUCUCCACAGCAAAGGCUUCAUCUACAAAGGCACUUAUGAAGGCUGGUACUCCACUCCAGAUGAAAGUUUUCUCACACCAACUCAAGUUAUUGACAGAAUAGACUCAGAGGGAAGACCGAUAAAAGUAUCCAUGGAGAGCGGCCAUAAGGUGGAGUGGAUGAAGGAGGACAAUUACAUGUUCCGCCUAUCGGAUUUUCGCACUGAACUGCUUCAUUGGCUUCGAUUAAACCCAAAUAUCAUCCGGCCUGUGAAGUUUCAUCACUUGGUUCUUCAGUGGCUGGAAGACGAGAUCCCAGAUCUGUCAGUCUCUCGGCAGAAGAGCCGCCUCCAGUGGGGUAUUCCGGUCCCGGGAGAUCCGGAACAGGUCAUCUACGUGUGGUUGGACGCUCUGGUGAACUACUUAACCGUUGUUAAUUACCCACAGAAUCACUCCCAGUGGUGGACAUCUGUGCAUCAUGUUGUCGGUAAGGACAUUCUUAAGUUUCACGCGAUAUACUGGCCGGCGUUUCUCCUGGCUGCGGGAUUGCCUCUUCCUCAGACGAUAUUCGUGCACUCUCACUGGACGGUGGAGGGAAAGAAAAUGUCCAAGAGUCUUGGAAACGUGAUCAACCCAUUGGACGCCGUGGAGAAGUUCACUGCGGACGGCCUGCGCUACUUCCUCCUGAGACAAGGUGUUCCUGACUCGGACUGUGACUAUUAUGACGAUAAAGUCAUUAAGAUGUGCAACAGCGAGUUAGCGGACACUCUCGGAGGGCUUUUAAACCGCUGCACUGCUCUUUCACUCAACCCUACACAGGUGUAUCCUCACUUCUGCAACACCUGCUUCCCAAAAGAGCUCCGUGGAAAAGCCGUCUCGGAAGACUACAGAAUGCUGGAGGCCGUAUCUGCGCUUCCGGUCUUAGUAGAGCAGCACUUUGAGAACCUACACAUAUAUAAAGCACUGGAGGCCGUUAGCGCAUGCGUUCGCCUGACUAACACGUUCGUCCAAAGACAUGCUCCGUGGAAGCUCGAUCGGAAAGAUCCUGAAGACCAGCGGUGGCUUGACACCAUCCUUCACGUGUCUUUAGAGUGCCUCAGGAUGUAUGGGAUACUCCUGCAACCUGUGGUGCCAGAUCUUGCAGACAAAAUUUUAUCUAGGUUGGGAGUCACGCCUGAGGAGAGAAAUUGGGAUUCUCUCAAGUUCCUGAUGAGGUAUGAAGGAAGAGACUGUGGUUUAGAAGGAAGAGCGCUGGGUCCUGACUUGGGAGUGUUGUUUAAUCGCCUUGAGAGGAGCCAGGUGAAAGGGAGGAAGUCAAAAUCUCAAUGAAUGUAGUAAUAAAAGAUAACAGUGGUAAAUGGUGUUGGGAUACCAAAGGACACACUCUAUAAUGUUACGACAAGGAAUAAAAAGUGACAUGAUUUUUUUUAAUGAGAAAUACACAAAACUGAAAAAUUGUACAAAUUGAAAUAAAAUAAAAAAAGUUGCAAUA